GGAUUCAAGUGUACAUUUUCAUUUAGCAAACCAGCCUAAGAUGGUUUGCUGGUCUUAACUUGUCUCCAAGCCUUGGCUCGUUUCAGAGGGGUUUUUGGGUACUUUUCAGUUUGACAUUAAACAGUGAAUGACCAUAAGAUAGCCCCGGACCACCAUAGACACUGAGGGGGACAACAUUCCUGCAAAAACCUAAGCUGGUUGGCGGGUUUUAGCUGGUUGUCCAGCCUGGUCAUAGCUGGUCAGCAGGCUGGUUUUAGAGGGGCUUUGGCCAUUUCUUUAGCUGGUCAGGCUGGGAGACAAGUUGGCCAGCCAGCUAAAAUCAGCUUAGUCAGGCUGGGAGACCAGCUAAACCCAAUCAGCUUAGGCUGAUUUUAGCUGAGUUUUUUCAGCAGGGAUGGGCUUCUCAGUGGCGUACUUACACUUUUACUACACAAUUUUGGAUAUUUAGUAAUUGAGAUCAAUAAUACACUCACACAAUGAGUUCCACACCAACGCAUACCGGCGGGAAGAGCAGUGGACGCCCCCUAGCGUCUGCUGCGUGAACUGGUUGAACUGAUUAGCCCUAUCUUCCCCUCAUCUUGCAGCACACUGAGCACAGGCAGUCCAGUCAGUGCCUGGUAGCGAUUUAGACGAGGGCGUGUGGACUUGAGGCAGCAGUGAAUGCAUUUCCCACAGACUGUGGUCGCACUUUUGUCCUCUCGUACGGAUUACCACUGAGUUCACACAUCGCCUAAACGCCGCAUCGCAUUUUUUCCUCUGCAUUUCUCCAUCUGAAGGCCUGUCACAGAGUAAAGUGGCUCGGUGUGCGUGUGUUUAGACAGCGGAGCGAGAGCAGCAGUGUGUCCCCGAUGGCUGGCUGGAAGGACGGCUCAGUGCAGGAGAAAUAUCGCCUGGUGGUCGUCGGAGGUGGUGGCGUCGGAAAAUCAGCAUUAACCAUUCAGUUUAUCCAGUCAUACUUCGUCACUGACUAUGACCCUACGAUUGAAGACUCCUACACAAAGCAGUGUGUGAUUGACGAGAGGCCUGCGCGGCUAGACAUCCUGGAUACAGCAGGACAGGAAGAGUUUGGAGCCAUGAGAGAACAAUACAUGAGGACAGGGGAGGGCUUCCUUCUCGUCUUCUCUGUCACUGACCGGGGAAGCUUUGAAGAGAUCUACAAGUUCCAACGACAGAUCUUGAGAGUGAAGGACCGGGAUGAAUUUCCCAUGAUUCUAGUGGGUAACAAAGCUGAUCUUGAGCAACAGAGACAAGUGACCCAGGAGGAGGGACAGCAGCUCGCCCGACAACUUAAAGUCACAUACAUGGAGGCCUCAGCUAAGAUCCGUAUGAAUGUAGACCAGGCUUUCCACGAGCUGGUCCGAGUCAUAAGGAAGUUCCAGGAGCAAGAGUGCAAAGGCAGAAAGUUCAUGUAG